UUGUGAGUGAACGCAAAAAGAGCUUGCCGAAUUUUAUUCAUCUCCCUCGUAAAUUCAGGACGUAGGCUGAUUGACAACAAAAAGUGCCAUUGAAAACAUUUUAAUUUAAAUGUUUUUCUGUAUAUAAGUGUUGUGAAACAGGAGCCUGUAUUCGUGAUUUACACAGUGGAGGAAAAAAUAUGAAGAGGCGUAAUGCCGAAUCUGGCAAAAUGCGGCGCCCUUUAAAGCGCACAAAAAUACCCGAAGGAAUGUAUGGAAAUUCAAUUACCUAUGUAAAAUUCAUAAUGUCUUGGGCAAUAAUUGUAGUAGCUGAUUACAUGUUGGAGUUCAGAUUUGAGUUUCUGUACCCAUUCUGGAUAUUGCUCAGAGCAUUGUAUGACUCUUUCAAGUUCCAGGGUCUUGCAUUUACAAUAAUAUUUUUAUGCAUGGCACUGACGUCUGACAUGAUAUUUUUUUUUGUGAUACCAUUGCAAUAUAUAUAUUUUUUAGCCGGUACCUAUGUGUGGGUACAAUAUGUGUGGAAUAUAUUCGGCGAGCGCGGCGUGUGCGUGCCCACAGUUGCAUUAUGCUGCCUGAUCAUAUACACGGAGGGUGCGCUGCGCGGGCGCGGCUCGCCGCCCGACGUGUGGCGCCCGCUCGCCGCGCACUGCAUCGGCUACCCCGCCAUGACGUUCGGCUUUGGGGUUAAGUCGUACGUCAGUCAGCGGUUGCGGCAGAGGCGGCAGCGGCAAGUGCGCGCUGAAAAUGAAUUCUACUUCCAGUUGUUGAGGGAUGCGCUUCCGGAAAGCGCUCUUGAACAAAAUCAGCAAGGUAGCAAAGAAGAGCGCGUGCCCAACGGUGGGAACGCGGGGGUGGGUGUCGCGGGAGGUGGGGGUGGCACCGCGGGGGCGGGCGGUGAGUUCGCUAUGGGCGAGGCGCGGCUCAACGGCUCGGUGCGUCGCCGCUGUCGAGACCACAACGGCUGGCACGAGCACGCGCAGCUACAUGUUAAGCUAGACAAGUUAGAAAAGCACCUCGCGAGCAGGGAUCGUGAGAAGGCGGCGCAGAACGGCAGCGCGCACACGCACGCGCACGCGGCGCACACGCCGACGCCGCUGCACGCGCACGCGCACACGAACGGCUGCGCGCGCGGUGCGGGCGCGCCGGACGAGGAGAGACAUGAUACUAAAGGUAGUACAAAAACAAAAUGUGAAAAGAAAGAGGCUAGUACAGUAAGAGAAGAAAGGAGAAAAAAUAAAAAUAGAGAUAAGGAUAAGGAGAGUGUUGAUAGUCAUAAGAGCACAGAGCAGUCAAAAGAACAUAUAGUUAAAGAAAAAGAAUUAGAAAUUAAUACAAAAGAAUGUCAAAAGAGUAAUAGAGAUAGUAGUAGUAAUAAAGAAAAAGAGAAAGAAAAUAAAGAGAGAGAAAAGGAAAACAGAGAACGAGAAAGAGAAAAGGAAAAGGAACGGGAGAAAGAAAGAGAAAGAGAAAGGGAGAGAGAGAACAAAGAAAGAGAAAAGGAAAGGGAAAGGCGGGAACGUGAAGAGAAGCUGGCGCGCGAGUGCAGCGAGGAGCUGAAGCGCGUGCGCGCGGAGCUGUCGGCGGCGCGCAGCGGCGAGGCGGAGGCGCGCCGCGCGCUCGCCGCCGCCGCCGCCGCCGAGCGCCAGCGCCGCGCCGACCACGCGCAGCUCAAGCACGCGCACGCGCAGCUGCAGCACAAAGUGUCAGCGUGGCGGAGUACAGAACGAGCAGCACAGGAGCGGCGGCUCAGCGAGGAGCGGCGUGCGCAGGCGCAGUGUAAACACUCUAACGGCGAGUGCGAGAGCACGUGGUGCCGGUCGCGGCUGAGCGCUCAGGAGGCCGAAGCUGCGGCGCUGCGCCGUGAGCUGCAGCGCGCGCGCGACCGCGCCGAGCGCCUGCAGCGCGACCUCGCGCACGCCGCCGAUCAGGUGCGCUCGCUGGAGGCGCGGCAGGAGGAGGCGGAGGCGGCGGGCGCGGCGGGCGCGGCGGCGGCGGCGGCGGCGCAGGCGCACGCGUGGCAGGCGCUGCAGGAGCGCGCCGCGCACCUCGAGCGGUCGCUCUCCGCGGAGACGCGCGUCAAGCUCGACCUGCUCUCCGCGCUAGGUGACGCCAAGCGGCACAUGCACAUACAAGAAGGUCUAAUAUCGAGACAAGAAAAGGAAAUAGAGGAACUGAAAGCUCAAAUGCUAGCAGUGAUGCCCACGGAGUUCGUGACACCAGUGUCCGGCACGGUGUCCAAGCUACGGCUAAGCGACGGCUCGCCGCUCGACCCCAACGCGUCCGUGUAUACGCCAAAACAGUUGUGCUCGGACGCCUAGACAGGACGUGAACUAUAGUGCUACGAAGUUCUACACUACUGUGGGGCGUUGCAGUUCAUUACCAUGCUACUAGAACAGACAACAUCCUGGAAGAAGUGGAAAGUGUCUUCUUGAAACAAUGGGACGUUACACCCUCUGUCUCCUAAGUGAAAAUGAAUUGCAAUAGUGAAACGUGUCGAUAAAUAAUGGAAUCGUGAAUGGUGUACCGAAAUUGCUUGGUUUAAAUACAGUGUUCAGCCGUGCUAUAGAACUUUGUGUUGUACCAUAGUUGAAGUGACCGUCAAUCAUAUGGGAAAUUUCAUGAUAUACAACUGUCACAUUGCUCCUUCAAUGUAUUUCAAUGUGACAAUAUCGCGCCGUUUACGGUUGUAUUCUUUAAUGACUCAGAAUUAGUGGAUGUUGGAGCGGACGCUUGUUUCACUGGCAGGUUGAGUAAUUUUAAUACAUUUUUUUCAGGAAUAAUCAAAAGUCAUUAUUUUAGAUGUGGAUAUCUUUAACAUUUGUUCUUUUAUAUGUUGCAUUUAAAAAAAUGAUAAUCCAAUUCUAUCAGUAUUAUUUAUGAGAUUAUAGAUGCAGUUACUAUUUAAAACAAGCAUUUAAAGUCUUUCUUGAGACCAAAUUGGAAUACGUAAUUGUAAUUUUUUCUGAAGUAUUACUUAUAGUAGCAGGUUUGCUACGUAACGCGUUACGGCACCAGUCUGUUAACUUAUCUUUUCUCUUAUACACAUGAUUUAAAUUAUCACUUCAGUCGUCCUGAGACACAUGUUUCUUUUAAUUGAUUAAAGUUGUGUAAGGUUGACUAAAACAAUUUUUGAAUUGAACAUUUGUUGAAGUUCCGAAUAUAUCCAGCAAAUCUGCCUCCGCUCCAAUGUCAGCCCCAAAGUAAAGACCGAGCUUGGACCGCCUCCGAAGCGCCCCACUGAUAUCUGUAUGGGCGAUUCACUGAUCUCAAUAUUUGUUUAUCUAUAAUAUCCCACUUGGACCCCCGUACAGGCAUCGGUGCGGCAACGUAACCGUGUUAAAGAGCGUUUAUUUUUUCAUUGAUGAUAAGAUUAUUCGUCCGAUAUCCUUUGUACGCAUAAUACAAUAAUUCCCUCGGAAUAAGUUAGGUACGAAUACGUAUUAAAGUGCGCUAGUCAUAGUAUUUUUUUGUGGAGAUAUUUGAACGAAUAAUUUUACCGUUCGUUCAGUCCUUCCAUUCGCUCGCUGCUGUGUUCUUUAUUUAAAUUCAUGUGAUAAAUUGUACAAAAUGAUCUGAUUCGUGUUUUUUCUAGUUCUAAUUUCUUACUUUUUUUUUGUUACGGCGUAGCGUCACUCGGGCGUUGUUAGUAGAUAAGUCAUUCGAAGUACAAAAUUGUUUGUUGUCCCAAGACAAAUAAAUACUCUUUAGAGAUAAACUUUUUUUAUCUCUAGCCAUGAUGGCGUUUCAAUUGUUUCCUUCGUUUUAACGUUAGUGUACUAGUGAUUAAAAAUGUCCUUACAAAUUUAAGAGCUUCAAUGAAUAAUGAGAAUAUAACUUUUUGAUACUACUUUUGUAAAUGUGUAAGCAAUUAUUCCGCUUGUACAUUGUGAUGUUUCGUUUUAAGUUAUGCGGCUUAUGAUUGACGGUGAUAUAUUAUGAGGAACAUGUCAAGUGCGAGCGAGACAGCCGUUUUAUACUGGAUCGAAAUGUUUCAAUGGACUCGCGGGUGUACUUAGAAAAUUUUACAUUCGUUGUUUUAAAUUUUAUUACGAUGAUGCUCUGUUGGGACGCUACGCUGAUAAUAUUGUAGAUAUAAACGGAGGAACCAUGACAGUGACGUUUUUAGUUUUGACAUCUGUCAGUGGAAGUUAUGCCUUUGUUGCCAGACCAAAUACCGAUGGUUAUGAAAAAAAAAUUGUGGAUAAGGCCUAACUAAACUGAUUUCAAUCAAAUCUGAGGCGAAAUUUCUUUUAGUCAAAGGAAGGAACAUAUUUCAUACACGUUUCCACUUGCAAUUAUACAUAUUGCUAUACGAAGGCACACAAUUCAUUAAAAUUAUUUGAUAAAAAUGAUUCGAAUUUUGAAAUAUCAGACUUAUUUUUGUUGAUUCCAUGUUACAGUUUCAAUUGUUUAAGUACAAAUCAUAUGUUUGAAAAAUAAGUGGCAGUUUUUAACUAACAUGCAAUACCUGUAGCAUUUAAUUUAUAGGGAAAUUAUGUUUUCUCUUUGAAGUGGGGGGUCAUGAUCGUAGGUUUAUUUUCCAAAGUACUGAAUUGAGCUUUAAUUCUAAAUCCUAAAUGUGCAAAUUAAUUUAUAAGAUAAUUUUUAAUAGAUAUUGCAUGUUAGUGUGGCCCUGCUUGUUUUAAGGCGUAGUACAUACAGGCGUAUCUCAUACAGAUCUUUCUUUCUAUCACUUUUCUAUUUGUGAAUAAUAUGUGAAAAACAACUUACUUUCAUCCUAUUCCUUUGCUAUUUAAGGUAUUUCUUUAUUCUUAUAGUAUUUUCUAUGUUUUUAAUAUGUGAGAUUAAUAUGAUAGAGAUUCGCUUAAGUACCGCCUACUUUGAGAUUACGCUUCCAUAAUUUCUUCCAUUUUUUUCGCAUUUACUAACUAUUUAAAAAAAUAACUCCAUUGUGUUAUAGUUAUUAUAAUAAUUGUAAUGUUCUAAUAACCACGAAAAUAUUGUUUAUUUAAGUUUUCUCUCAAAACAGUAAUUUAAUGUUUAAUUUUACAAGCUAUGACUAUCGAGCAACUAACAGUUGAAAUAACGCACAUUCGAUGGAAAAUUUGAAAUAACACGUAUAACAUACGAUAUAGUGACGCUUUUGUUCUCCGAUCUAGUCUUGACUACCGCCAAUUUACACCUCACGACAUCUCGUGUCGGUCACAAAUAUCGUAAGUCGGAGAGUGUGAAUUGGCCUUUUUAUAUGCUAGGUUUAGAAGUUUUUUUUAAACAUCAAACGCGCACUGCCCUCCAGUACCAAGUUGAUCUUCCGUUGUUGAUAUAUAUAUUUUUUUUAAACAUCGGAUUGGUUUGUGUUUAAGUACUUAAAUAGGUUUAAGUUUAUUUUGUUAAGAUUUCGAACGUGAAUCAUAGACGUCAGCAGCAUAGACACGGAUAUAUUUUUUCAUGAACAAUAAAAAUGACCUGAGCGCGAAAAGGGAAAAAAAAUUGUGCAAGUGAUUGAUUUGAAUCUUCACUAGUGAAACAUAAGCGGUAAUGUUUGUUUGUAUUAUAAACGGAUGCUGUAACAGCAAUAAAAAAUCAGACCUG